AUUUAUUAUUUACAUUUUCGAUCAAAUUGAGUUGCCUAUUAAAAUGACGCAUAGCCCACGCUUCGACCAAUUAUAGGGUAUUUGGAUGUCAUUGCGAACCAGCUGUUUUUGCUGUUCGUCACUUUGUUAAUUGAGUGUGCAAAAAUGCCACGAGCGAAGAAUUAAAAAUAAUUCAACAUUGUCACCAAAUUGUCGCAAUAUUUUGAAGUCAGGAUCGAGGCGAAAUGGAGAAACGACAGCGAGAGCUGGAGGCGCUCGUGACCACACAGAAGGAGCAGCUAUCGCGCUACGAGAAACGACUCAAAGACGUGGUCACCGCCUACAAGGGACUUUUGAAAGAGAAGGAAGCACUCGAAACGAGCCUGGCAGCUCAUGCCGAGGCCACCUCCAGUGUCGUCAAGGAUGCCACUCAACCCAGUGAAGACAGCGAUGCUUCCGGUGCUGCUGCAACCGAAGCAGAUGCUGCUGAUGGCAGCGGUAGCGAUGUCAAUGUUGACAAGGGACAGCUGCAGACACAGAUCAUCACGCUGAUGAACUCGCUGGCCACGCUCUCGGCGGAAAAGUCACGCAUGGAAGCCUCAUUCCAGGCGGACAAGAAGCAGCUGCGCUCCCAGAUUGCCCAAAAGGAGCAGAGCAUACAGGAGCUGGUGGCCAAGGCGAAGGAACAGUCGCAGCGCGCCAAGAGCGAUGUGGACGAGGUGAAGGCCAAGUGGAUCAUUGAGCGACAGGAGCGCGAAAAGGAGACCAACAAUCAAAUGAUUAUGUUGCGUGAACUGCAAAAACUCUACGCGGACGAACGGCAUCUCAAGGAGAACAUCGAGAUGCAGCUGAACAACUUCAAGACGCAAUUCGCCAGCAACGAGGCAGAGAACAGUCGUCUACGUGAACUGCAGUUGCAGCUGAAGGAGGCGCGUGCCCAGCUCAAGCAAUUCCAGGUGAAGUCGGAGCAAUCUUUGGCCGCUGCCACCGCCGCGGAUAACAGCGCCCUGUUGCAACAGGUGCGCCAGGAGAUGCAACAGCUGCAGGAACAGCAUGCGGUGGCCAUCAAGCAGGAGCAGCGUCGCGUGCUGCGCGCCGAGGAGCAGAGUCGUCGCCAAGCGGCGCUGCACGAGGAUCGUGUGGCCAAUUUGGAGGCACGUCUCGCCGAACUGAGCAGCUCGGUGGGCAACUACGAUCGUCUGCGACAGCAGGAUCAGGAGAACAUUCAUGCACUCAAGCAGCAGCUCCACGAAUUGGAGCAAUCGCAUUCCCGCCAAGCGCCUGCGGUAGCUUUACUAAGCGACAGCGAUGCCGACAUGGCCGGACUGGUGGAUGAAAUUGUGCGUCUCAAGCAGCUGCUAAUCAAAGCCAAUGCCCGCUCCGCACAUCCACUCGAUCUUAGCCAUGUGCUGGGCAGCAAUUCGACUGCCGCCACAGCCGACAGUCAUGUGCAUUGUGAGCAGCAGCUGCAGAGCUUGCAACAGUCGCUGGACUCGGCCAAGCAGCAGCGUCAGCAGCUGGAGCAGAAGACGCAGUUGCAGCAGACACACAUCCAAACGCUGCAGGAUAAGGUGCAAGUGCUCAAUCGCAACAUAGACGAGGCGGAGCAGGAGCUGAAGCAGCAAGGCGACAAAAUGCGGCAAGCCCUGAAGCAGGAGCGUGCCAAGUGGCAGGAAGCGAAGGCAGAGCUUGAGAAUGAGACGCGUUGCAAGCUGAAUGAGCUGGAGCAACUGUUGCAGAAGCAGCGCCAGAGAUCGCUGCAGUUGCUCGACGAGAAGGAGCAGGAGAUUAAGACACUGCAAACAUCGUUUGAGGUCUUUCACAAACCGACUGCAACAACGCCACUCGAGGGUAACGAGCAGUUCAACUAUUCGUCGGAUGCCGACAGUGUUGAGGUGGAAGCUGCUGGUGAGUUGCGACAGCACAAGGUAAAGCCCAAAAAGUUGUCGAUCAGUGAGAACUGCCAUAUGCUGCACUAUGCCAACGAAUUGGCGCGCAAGGACAUCGAGAUUACAACGCUGCGCAAGUCCAAAUACACGGCGGAGUCGACGCUUCGCAAGGCCAUCCAGGACAAGGUGACAGCGCAGCAGGAGAUGCACGAGAAGAUCGAGUGCUUGGAGGAGCAAGUGGAUAGACUGGAGCGCUGCAAGACCCGCGAAGGCGCCAAUUUGGAGUACCUGAAGAACGUCAUCAUCAGCUUCAUUGUGACCCGCGAUGCGGAGGGCAAACGUCACAUGCUGAAUGCAAUCAGCGCUGUGCUGCAGUUCACCAAUUCGGAGAUGACAACCAUUAAUGCCGCAUUCCAAAAGAAAUAGCGAAACACAUUCAAUUCAAUCCGUGUAUAACAAUGAAAUCAAUAUAUUGUAGCUUAACUGAA